AAAAAUGUCAAAGUUCAGGAUUGGAAAUUACCGACUUGGUAAACUCCUCGGCUAUGGAGCAUUCGGAAUCGUCCGGCUUGGGAUGAAUGAAACUACUAGGCAAGAAGUAGCUGUGAAAAUCCUAAAUAAAAGGAAAAUCAGACAAAUGAAGGCUAAAGAUAAAACUUACAGAGAAAUCCAUUUGUCAAAGAUGUUCAAUCAUCCUAAUGUUGUCAAGCUUUAUGAAUACUUUGAGACCAAGGAGGAUAUAUAUGUUAUCUUUGAAUUUGUCCCUAACAAGGAGCUCUUUGGGUAUAUAUCUAAUAAUGGCUCCCUGGAAGAAAAUGAAGCAAGAAAGCUAUUCCAGCAACUAGUUUUCGCUGUUGACUAUUGACACAGUCUCGGAGUGGCUCACAGAGAUAUUAAACCUGAAAAUAUUUUGCUUGAUUACCAUAAUAAUAUCAAGCUUGCAGAUUUUGGGCUUUCUAAUUUCAUGAAAGGAGGGAGAGCUUUGAGAACUUCUUGAGGAUCUCCAAAUUAUGCAGCCCCCGAAGUUAUUUCUGGAAAGAUUUAUGAUGGUACUGAAGUUGAUGUAUGGAGCCUUGGAGUAACUCUGUAUGCAAUGCUUUACGGUGAACUUCCUUUUGAUGACGAUUGAGUCAACACAAUGUUCAAGUACAUCAAGGAAGCCAAGUACUACAUGCAUGGGUCUGCAAGCAAAGAAGUGAAAGACCUUCUGAAUAGAAUGCUACAGCCUAACCCCUUCAAAAGGAUAACGAUUCCCGAAAUUAUACAACAUCCUUGGUUCCAGGCUCAACAUUGGCAAAUAAAAUAUUAUGAUAGAUUCUUACUCCAGGUGAUUCAUGGAGAGGAAUCUAUAGACCAAGAAAUCAUUGAUGAACUCUUCAACUUAAAGCUCAAAUUGAACCCUAAAGACAGAGAAAAGAUUGAAAAAGCAAUUUCUAACGGAGAAAAGUACGACUUCUGCAUUGCUUAUGAAUAUCUGAAGCACUCAAAGAUGCUUCAAAAGUUUGAGAGCUUAAAAACAAAGCCGAAAGAAGAUCUCAAGUUCGAUAAAUCACUUCUGCUGAAAAACUCUAAAAACACCGUGAAGCAUAUAAAUGACGUACACCAAAAGCUGGAAUCAUUUGAUCGGAACUGAGACCAGCCUAUUCCUGGUGAGAUGAAGGGAGAACAAGAAGUAGGAAUCAUUCCUCAUUCCCCUUCAUUCCAGACAAAUUUCUCUUCAAUUCUGGAUACUACGACUUGUCCAGAAGCUUCCGAAGCUGAGAAGGCCAUCGGGUUUGUCAUUAAAGGAUCUAUGGAUGAGGUUUACAAGCAAGUUUUCUCCAAACUCAAAGAGAUGAACAUUAUCUGGAAGAAAUGGAACUCUGACUUCGUCUACAAGUGUCAGUCAGGAAUUCCAAUAGUAGAGGGCGAGACGACUGAAGAGAGACAGGAUAAAUUUAAAGAGCUGUUUGAGAACGAUAUGAUAAAGUUCUUCCUACAGUUUUCUACCUUUACUAAGAAAAAGGGACUUGUUGACUUGAAUCAAUCAAUCAAGCAUCAGUACCAAUUCCUUGUAUCCUUUAUAUGGAUAAAAGGCCCGACAAUGAAGUAUUUAGACUUUGUUUCUAAUUUACAAUUCAGUUAAUAAGUUUUAGCAUGACGACUCAAUAAUCAU